UCACCUGGGAAGGACUUUGAUAUAUUUUUAGAGCCUCUUAUAGAAGAUUUACUUGAUCUUUGGAAGGGUGUGCGUACUUUUGAUGCUAGUACUUGCAAGACAUUUAGCCUUCGUGCUGCAGUUCUGUGGUGCAUCCAUGACUACCCAGCUUUGAGUACUCUUUCAGGGCGUACCACAAAAGGCUAUUUUGCAUGUACUCAUUGUGACAAGCACCCUCUUUCAUACAGCCUAAGAAGCAAAAUUGGGUAUAUUGGGCACUUUCGAUUCCUCCCAAAAGGACAUCGUUUGUGGAGAAACAAUGAGUUUGUUGGACUUCAUGAAAGCAAUGAGCAACCAUGUCAGUUCACUAUAGAAGAGCUAUUGGCUGAACUGGAGAAAGUUAAAGAUGUUAGACCUGGGAACCAAUAAGAAUGUGGGAAGAGGAAGCGUUCUGACAUGGAAGGGCGUCAUGUGCGUCGAAUUUGGAGUCGGAUGGUUAGUUUCUGGCGGUUACCAUAUUGGAAAGAUUUGAAGCUGAGACAUAAUCUUGAUGUCAUGCAUAUUGAGAAAAACAUAUGUGAGGCUCUCAUUGGGACAAUUCUGAACAUACUUGGGAAGACAAAGGAUACAACUAAAGCUAGCUUGAUCUGAAAGAUUUGGGAAUUAGAGAGGAGCUACAAUUUAGAGAGGAUGGUGAGAUGCCUCGUGCUCGAUAUACCUUGUCCACAAAACAAAAGGAGACCUUUUGUAAAUUUUUACAGGAGUUGAAGUUUCCAGAUGGCUUUGGUUCCAACAUCUCAACAUGUGUAAAUGCUGAUGGGACCAAGGUACAAGGGCUAAAAACACAUGAUUGUCACAUUCUUUUGCAAAGAAUCUUACUAGCUGCCAUGAGAGGAUUCUUGGACAAGGACAUUUAUGAAGCAAUAGCGGAGGUAGGGAAGUUUUUCAGGGAACUAUGUAGCAGAACACUUAACAAGGAUGUAUUGGCUAAAAUGAAGAAAGAGAUCCCUAUUAUUUUGGUGAAGCUUGAGAAAAUUCCCCCCCUGCUUUCUUUGAUGUCAUGAUGCACCUUGCUAUCCAUUUACUUGAUGAAGCAUUACUCCGAGGUCCUGUGCAAUAUGGUUGGAUGUAUCCAAUUGAAAGACGGUUGUACACUUUGAAGCGUUAUGUGAGGAAUAGGGCGCGUCCAGAAGGCUCAAUUGCCGAGGCAUAUAUUGCUGACGAAUGCUUGACAUUUUGCUCUAAAUACAUGGAUGGUGUUGAAACAAGAUUUAAUCGGGAACCAAGGAAUAAAGGUUUUUCCAAUGAAGAGGCAUACGAAGUUGACGUUUUUGGACAUGGAGUUCAUUUUACUUCCGCAUCUGAACUCCAAUAUGAUGAAAAUGGUUUUGAUCAAAUGGUGUGGUAUGUGCUUAACAAUUGUAGUCAAAUUGAGAAAUAUGUGAAAAUGUUUAGAGAUGAAUUAGAGAGAGAAGGGGUGCCUAACAUUGAAAGAAAGAUUCGGCUAGGAUUUCAGAUCUGGUUCCGGAAACAUAUCAAGUUUGCGGGAUACUCAUCCAGAAGAGGUGUCUGAUGAUGUCUUUUCCUUGGCAUGUGGUCCUGAUUUUAGAGUCAAGAAAUACAGC